AUGCCUCCCAAAAAACCAACUUCAAAAGUCACCAGUUCACCUCCACCAACCGGUAGAGCAACUAGAUCUAAAAAAACUGAUAAAGCAGAGGAUAAAAAAUAGUAUUCUCAAUUAUAACAAUUAUAGAGAAAUUAUCGAUAAAGCUGUUAAAGAUGUAUCACAAUCAAAAGAUAAAGAUGGAAAAGCUAAUCUUUCACCCAAGAACAUUCCUUCUAGAAAGAAUUCGAAAAAAUCGAAAUCACCAUCUCCAAUAAAAAAUGGUUAGGAUGGCAAAUAGAAGGAUGAUACUUCAAAUAUCAAUAAGGGUACUAUAAGUGCACCUGUCGAUGAAUAUUUUGAUGAUUAAGAGAAUUAUGUAGUGUAUGAAGAAAAUGGUAAAAUUUACGAUUGCAUGAUGAAUCAAACCAAUAUUAUGGGUGCUAAUAAUAAUAACAAGUUUUAUAUUGUUCAAUUAUUGAAAAAGAAAGAUAAAGGUAAGAAAUCAUUUUAAUUUUUAGACUUUUUUUAUUUGUACACCAGAUGGGGUAGAGUUGGUGUUGAAGGUUCAUCAGCCAAGCAAUCAUUCCUAAAAACUGAAUCUGCAAAAAAAGCCUAUGAGAGUAAAGUGAGAUAGAAAAGUGUUAAAGGAGAAUAUAGAGUGUUGGAAAGGGAUUAUAGUGGAGAACAAGAUCAAUAGGAGUUGAUGAGGUUGGAGACACUCAGAGAAUAAAGGGAAAAGUAAUCAUACUAUAAGAGUGAAUUACAUACUAAGAUAAAGGAUCUGGUUAGAUUGAUUUUUGAUAUGAAGAUGAUUAAUAAUUAGAUGAAAGAGUAUUGUUAAUCAAUAUAUCACUAGUAUUGGGUAUGAUGCCAAGAAAACGCCUUUAGGGAAAUUGGCUGUUUCCACUAUUAAAAAAGGAUUUGAGGUUCUUAAAUAGAUAUCAGAAGAAUUGCAAAAUAAGAUUCCCGAUUACACAGUCUUAGAAAGACUCUCAAGUGAGUUUUACAGUCAGAUCCCCCAUGAUUUUGGAUUUUUACGAGCUCCUGUUAUUGAAACUCCUUAGAUGGUUAAAAUUAAAUUAGAUAUGUUGGAAUCAAUUCAACACAUUUAAAUUGCUACAAAGAUUUUAGAAGAAAAUUCAGAUGAUUCAAAUGUUAUUGACGAAAAUUUCAAAAAAUUAGGAAUAAAUAUGCAAUUCUUAGAACCUACUGAUGAAAAAGUAUCAACUAUAAAGUAAUUCGUAUAAAACACACAUUGUGAAACCCAUAGAGGAUAUGGAUUAGAAGUGUUGGAUGUUUUUGAAUUGCAGAAAGAACAAGAUGAUAAUCGUUUCAAAAAGGAAUUAGGCAAUAGAAUGUUGUUAUGGCAUGGAUCUAGACUUACAAACUUUGUGGGUAUUCUAAGUUAAGGCUUAAGAAUUGCCCCUCCUGAGGCUCCAGUUACAGGAUAUAUGUUUGGAAAGGUAAUAGUUAAAUUCAUCAAAAUAGGGUGUCUAUUUUGCAGAUAUGGUUUCAAAAUCAGCAAAUUAUUGUGCAGUCACAAAAGAAAACAAUACAGGACUGAUAUUAUUGUGUGAUGUGGCCUUGGGAAAUCCAAAUGAGAAGUUCUAUUCAGAUUAUCAUGCUAAUCAAUUACCUUAAGGGAAACACAGCACAUGGGGAAGAGGUAAGACAAUGCCUCCUCAAUCUGAAAACAUUCCAUUCCCAGGCAUGCCAGAAGUCAAGGUGCCGAUUGGAAAAGGAGUUCCUUCUGGUGUUCCUAAUGUAAUAAAUCGUAUUAAUUUAGACGUCCUUAUUGUACAACGAAUUCAUUGUCUAUGACGUUGCUUAGAUCAGAUUGAAGUAUUUAAUCAAGAUGAAGUGGAAUUUUAAAUGA